AUGAAUGAUUUGCAAACCCCUUUAGAACCAAUCGAAAAGGAAUCUUCGGAUGAUAUGGUGAAUAUCCAGAUCGAAGAGUCACUUGUUCGUGAAACUCUCAUGGCUAUAGAUAGUGCAAAUUUUAACGAAGACUUAUUAACUUUAAUAGUUUUCGGAGUUAUUCUCGUGUUUGUUAUAUUAUCCGGCAUAUACGGUCCACCUGUUAAUAUUCAUAAGAAAUAUUCAUAUCCAUUCUCUAAAGAUUCACCAAUUACAAAUAUCAAAAUUCCAUUUGACGCAAUCCUUCCAAUCAACAGCCAAAAUUCUAUCUCAAUUGCCUUUAUGCGAAAUUCAGAUGCCAUAGCUAAUAAUUUAUCUAUUACAUUCCGAUAUUCUAUUAGUUGUACGCAUAAUAAUACGCAAAGAUUCAUGGCUUCACAUCCACAUGACGAAUAUAUUGUUUACCCAAUUAAUGGAACUAAUUUGACAACAUCUAUUACCCUCUUUACAGAUAUUAUUCUCGAUUAUAAUAAAGUCGAAAUAGAUUUAACAUUUGAUCAUCCGUACACUCACUUCUCGUCAUUUAUUCUCACAUACUCUAUUGGUACGCCUGAUCACGCUUACUUCCAAAUCUAUUUCAGAUUUUUAUUCUCAAUUGUUUCAGCGAUCUUCCUUGCAUUGAUGCUCUAUUUCUUACGUGGCCUCGAAGUUAAGCUUUGGCAUCUCGAACAGAAGCUCACAGUUCCACUUGUCGCGUUACUUAUUUUCUAUAAUAAUCCAUUUUACAUUUUCCAUGUUUACAACCCAUCACCAGUAUUUGUUAUAUUAGACAGAAUAUUGGAUUCCAUUUUCCAUUCCUACAUGUGCUUUUUCAUUUUAGUUUUGUUCGAUAGUUUAAGAUAUAAGAACAGAAAGACAGAUCGCUGCUUCUACAUACCUAAGAUCAUCAUGUGCUCUAUCAUUCUCAUCGUUUACAGCAUCCAUGGAAUUUAUGAUAAACUUCAUCUCAUCGCAGAACAUAACAAGAACUACAAUACUACAGCCAUCACAUCUGUUGCUGAAAUGGUCGUUUAUCUUACAUUCUUGCUGUACACAAUUCUGUCAAUUCUUAUUUCAGCUUCAAGAGUUGAUGUUACAGAGCGUUACAAGUUCAAUAUCUACCUAUCAAGCGGACUGAUCGCUGUUAUUAUCAUGGGAGCUUGCCAGGCAUUGUCUUCUUUCAAGCUCUUCUCUGAAUCCUCCCUUUCAUUUGUCAUUAAAUUUGCUGUUGAAAAUAUCUUCUCCUUCCUCAUGGUGUACUUCCACUGGCCAUACGAAGUUCUGAUGGACGAAUAUAAUGGUCCACAAGAUAAUAACGAACCAGAGGCGGAUUUCUUUGUCAAUGAACAAUAA